ACAGAGAAGAAGGAAGACAAAAAGCCCGUACAGAAAAACCGUCGGCGCUGCUGGGAGUGCAAGGUGAAGGUGGGCCUCACCGCCGUCAAGUGCCGCUGCGACUACACGUUCUGCGGCAAGCACCGCUACGCGGAGGAGCACAACUGCGCUUUCAAUUUCAAGACGGCGGGCAAGCGCAAGCUCGAGGAGGAGAACCCCGUCGUGGUGCCCAGCAAGGUCGCGCGGAUC